GGUGGGCCCCUGUCUUCCAGCAGCUCCGGGCCUGCUCGCUAGGCCCGGGAGGCGCAGGCGCAGGCGCAGUGGGGGUGAGGGCGCGUGGGGGCGCACAGUUCACUGAUGAGGAAACUGAGGCCCUAACGGCAGGUGGAGCCGGGUCCCCGACCCCCGAGAUCGGCAGGGCGCUGAAGACGUCCCUUCCACCCUCCAGCCUCUGGUGCACAUGGCUUCCUCCCCGGCGGUGGACGUGUCCUGCAGGCGGCGGGAGAAGCGGCGGCAGCUGGACGCGCGCCGCAGCAAGUGCCGCAUCCGCCUGGGCGGCCACAUGGAGCAGUGGUGCCUCCUCAAGGAGCGGCUGGGCUUCUCCCUGCACUCGCAGCUCGCCAAGUUCCUGUUGGACCGGUACACUUCUUCAGGCUGUGUCCUCUGUGCAGGUCCUGAGCCUUUGCCUCCAAAAGGUCUGCAGUAUCUGGUGCUCUUGUCUCAUGCCCACAGCCGAGAGUGCAGCCUGGUGCCCGGGCUUCGGGGGCCUGGCAGCCAAGAUGGGGGGCUUGUGUGGGAGUGCUCAGCAGGCCAUACCUUCUCCUGGGGACCCUCUUUGAGCCCUACACCUUCAGAGGCACCCAAGCCAGCCUCCCUUCCACAUACUACUCGGAGAAGUUGGUGUUCCGAGGCCACGAGUGGGCAGGAGCUUGCAGAUUUGGAAUCUGAGCAUGAUGAGAGGACUCAAGAGGCCAGGUUGCCCAGGAGGGUGGGACCCCCAGCAGAGACCUUCCCACCUCCAGGAGAGGAAGAGGGUGAGGAAGAAGAGGACGAUAAUGAGGAUGAAGAGGAGAUGCUCAGUGAUGCCAGCUUAUGGACCUACAGCUCCUCCCCAGAUGAUAGUGAGCCUGAUGCCCCCAGACUACUCCCUUCCCCUGUCACCUGCACACCUAAAGAGGGGGAGACACCACCAGCCCCUGCAGCACUCUCCAGUCCUCUUGCUGUGCCGGCCUUGUCAGCAUCCUCAUUGGGUUCCAGAGCUCCUCCACCUGCAGAAGUCAGGGUGCAGCCACAGCUCAGCAGGACCCCUCAAGCGACCCAGCAGACUGAGGCCCUGGCCAGCACUGGGAGUCAGGCCCAGUCUGCUCCAACCCCGGCCCGGGAUGAGGACACUGCACAAAUUGGCCCCAAGAGAAUUAGGAAAGCUGCCAAAAGAGAGCUGAUGCCUUGUGACUUCCCUGGCUGUGGAAGGAUCUUCUCCAACCGGCAGUAUUUGAAUCACCACAAAAAGUACCAGCACAUCCACCAGAAGUCUUUCUCCUGCCCAGAGCCAGCCUGUGGGAAGUCCUUCAACUUUAAGAAACACCUGAAGGAGCACAUGAAGCUGCACAGUGACACCCGGGACUACAUCUGUGAGUUCUGCGCCCGGUCUUUCCGCACUAGCAGCAACCUUGUCAUCCACAGACGUAUCCACACUGGAGAAAAACCCCUGCAGUGUGAGAUAUGCGGGUUUACCUGCCGCCAGAAGGCUUCCCUGAACUGGCACCAGCGCAAGCAUGCAGAGACGGUGGCUGCCUUGCGCUUCCCCUGUGAAUUCUGCGGCAAGCGCUUUGAGAAGCCAGACAGUGUUGCAGCCCACCGUAGCAAAAGUCACCCAGCCCUGCUUCUAGCCCCUCAAGAGUCACCCAGUGGUCCCCUAGAGCCCUGUCCCAGCAUCUCUGCCCCUGGGCCUCUGGGAUCCAGUGAGGGGUCCAGGCCCUCUGCAUCUCCUCAGGCUCCAACCCUGCUUCCUCAGCAAUGAGCUCUCCUCCAGCUUUGGCUUUAGGAAGCCAGACUCCAGGGACUGAAAAGGAGCAACGAGGAGAGGGUCUGCUUGAGAAACGCCAGAUGCUUGGUCCCCAGGAACUAAGGCGACAGAGUGCAGGGUGGGGGCAAGACUGGGCUGUAGGGGAGCUGGACUACUUUAGUCUUCCUAAAGGACAAAAUAAACAGAGUAUUUUAUGCA